GCGGCAAGCGCUCCAGUGCAAGCGGCGAGAGGCUGGUAACCAGGGGGAACCUGCGGGACUUGCAGGCUACUGUUCACCCGUUUCCCUCUACCACCGGCGAGGACCUGCGGGGUGUUCCAGGACCGCAUUAUUCUCCCGGGGUCUACCCAAGUGGGGCGCUAAAUCCAACGAAAGGGAACCUUUGCGAGUCCGAGAACUUAGCAAGGAUAUUGAUCGCAACGUCCUUCUUGGGUUGCUGCAGGAAUUAUUUGCUCUCCGCGGGUUAUUGGGAUUCAUCUCCUUGUUCUAUAAAGGUUCCUACUUUGGGGCGAGAUCUCUGCCAUGGAGCUGUCGAGCGGCCUCUUUCUCCUUCUGAUGCUCGGGGUGUGCACAACAAACAGGAUUCCAGAAUCAGGAGGAGAGGAUAACAGUGUAUUUGAUCUAUUUGAGCUCAUUGGCUUUUCUCGCAAGGGAGCUGCACGCAAGACAGGAGGGGUACAUCUGGCAAAAGGAUAUGAGACCUCCAGCCCUGCCUACCGUAUUGAGGAUGCUAACCGUAUCCCAGCUAUUCCAGACCACAAAUUCCAAGACAUUCUUGAUGCCAUCCAGGCUGAGAAGGGCUUCAUCCUACUGGCUAACCUUCGCCCAAUGAAGAAAAGCCUUGGCACCCUGCUAGCUGUGGAGCGCAAGGACAACUCUGGCUAUGUCUUUAAGCUGGUGUUGAAUGGCAAGGCAAAAACCUUGGACUUGAGUGUUUUUCCCAAAGAAGGCAAUCAGACUUUGGUGUCAGUGGAAGAUGUUGAGCUGCCUACCUGGCAAUGGAACAAUAUUACCCUCCUUGUGCAGGAAGAUCAAGCCCAGCUCUAUGUGGGAUGUGAGAAGAUGGUGAAUGCUGAGCUGGAAAUCCCUAUUCAGAACAUCUUCACCAGGGACCUGGCCAGCAGUGCCAGACUCCGUAUUGCCAAAGGGGGAGUUAAUGACAACUUCCAGGGAGUGCUACAGAAUGUCCGAUUUGUAUUUGGGACUACCCUGGAAGCUAUCCUGAGAAACAAGGGUUGUGAAAGCUCUACCAGGACAGUUAUUAAACUGGACAAUCCUAUGAAUGGCUCCAGUCCAGCUAUCAGAACUAACUACAUUGGCCACAAAACAAAGGACAUCCAGGCAAUCUGUGGAUUCUCCUGUGAUGAACUAAGCAAUGUAUUUGUAGAAUUGCAGAGUCUGCGUGCCCUGGUCACAACACUUCAAGAUUCAGUCCACAAAGUGAUUAUAAACAAUGAAGUUGGCAGCGGUCCUUUUCAGAUUAGUCCUGGAGCAUGUAUCCAUAAUAAAGUUGUAUACCAAAAUACAGAUGAGUGGACCACUGAUACGUGCACUACCUGUACUUGCCAGAAUUCUGUUGUCAUCUGCCAUAAAGUGUCUUGCCCUCUCAUGCCUUGUUCCAAUGCCACUGUUCCUGAUGGAGAAUGCUGCCCACGAUGCUGGCCUAGUGAUUAUGCCGAGGACAUUUGGUCUCCAUGGUCUGAAUGGACUACCUGCUCUGAGACUUGUGGCAAUGGUAUUCAGCAGAGAGGUCGUUCUUGUGAUAGUCUCAACCAUCGCUGUGAAGGCUCUUCCAUACAAACUCGUACCUGCAAUAUGCAGGAAUGCGAUAAGAGAUUCAAGCAGGAUGGUCGCUGGAGCCACUGGUCCCCUUGGUCCUCCUGCUCUGUUACUUGUGGGUCUGGCUUGAUCACCAGAAUCCGGCUCUGCAACUCUCCAGUUCCUCAGAUGGGAGGUCGAUCAUGUGAGGGAGAAGCGAGGGAAACUAAAUCUUGCCAGAAAGAUGCUUGUCCAAUAAAUGGAAACUGGGGGCCAUGGUCACCUUGGGACACCUGUGCUGUCACGUGUGGAGGGGGCAUUCAAAAGCGCAGUCGUCUCUGCAAUGAUCCUCAACCACAGUUUGGAGGGAAGGAUUGUAUUGGUGACGCUGUAGACACUCAGAUCUGUAACAAGCAAGAUUGCCCAAUUGAUGGGUGCCUAUCGAACCCUUGCUUUGCGGGCGCAAAAUGUACCAGUUUCCCUGAUGGUUCCUGGAAAUGUGGUGCCUGCCCUGCAGGUUAUCAUGGAAAUGGGGUUGAAUGCAGAGAUAUUGAUGAGUGUCAAGAGGUCCCUGAUGCCUGCUUUGUCUUUGGUGGAGUGCACAGAUGUCAGAAUACUGUACCAGGAUACAAUUGCCUGCCUUGCCCACCACGUUUUACUGGAUCACAGCCCUUUGGUCGAGGUGUGGAACAAGCAAUAGAAAACAAACAGGUCUGCAAACCAAGAGACCCCUGCACUGAUGGAACACACGACUGUAAUAAGAAUGCCAAGUGCAUUUACCUUGGCCACUUUAGUGACCCCAUGCAUCGCUGUGAAUGUAAACCAGGCUAUGCUGGUAAUGGCAUUAUUUGUGGAGAAGACACAGAUUUAGAUGGGUGGCCAAAUGAGAACCUUCCCUGCAUUGCCAAUGCUACUUACCACUGCAAGAAGGACAACUGCCCCAAACUUCCCAAUUCUGGUCAGGAAGAUUAUGAUAAGGAUGGAAUUGGUGAUGCCUGUGACAGUGAUGAUGAUAAUGACAACAUACCAGAUGACAGAGACAACUGCCCAUUCAUUUACAACCCACAACAGUAUGACUAUGAUAGGGAUGAUGUUGGUGACCGUUGUGAUAACUGCCCCUACAAUCACAACCCUGAUCAGAUAGACACUGACAACAAUGGAGAAGGAGAUGCCUGUGCUGUGGAUAUUGAUGGAGAUGGCAUUCUUAAUGAAAGAGACAACUGCCAAUAUGUGUAUAAUGUGGAUCAGAAAGAUACAGACUUGGAUGGUGUGGGAGAUCAGUGUGACAACUGUCCUAUGGAACACAAUCCAGACCAGACGGAUUCCGAUUCUGACCGCAUAGGUGAUAAAUGUGAUAGCAACCAGGAUAUUGAUGAGGAUGGCCAUCAAAACAAUCUUGAUAACUGUCCCUAUGUGCCCAAUGCCAACCAAGCUGACCAUGAUAAAGAUGGGAAAGGUGAUGCCUGUGACCACGAUGAUGAUAAUGAUGGGAUCCCUGAUGACAAAGAUAACUGCAGAUUGGUUGCCAACCCAGAUCAACUUGACUCUGAUGGGGAUGGACGAGGAGAUGCAUGCAAAGAUGACUUUGAUAAAGAUAAUGUGCUAGACAUUCAUGACAUCUGUCCUGAGAACGUUGACAUAAGUGAGACAGACUUCCGUCGAUUUCAGAUGGUUCCUCUGGAUCCUAAGGGAACCUCCCAAAAUGAUCCUAACUGGGUUGUUCGUCACCAAGGCAAAGAACUGGUUCAGACUGUCAACUGUGAUCCUGGACUUGCAGUUGGUUUUGAUGAAUUUAAUGCUGUCGACUUCAGUGGCACAUUCUUCAUUAAUACAGAAAGAGAUGAUGACUAUGCUGGCUUUGUGUUUGGGUAUCAGUCCAGCAGUCGCUUUUAUGUAGUUAUGUGGAAGCAAAUCACACAGUCUUACUGGGAUAAAAAGCCGACAGAAGCCCAAGGAUAUUCUGGCCUCUCUAUCAAAGUAGUCAACUCCACCACUGGUCCUGGAGAACACCUUCGUAAUGCACUGUGGCAUACUGGAAAUACAGCUGGACAGGUGCGGACUCUGUGGCAUGACCCUCGUCAUAUAGGCUGGAAAGAUUUCACUGCCUACAGAUGGCGUCUCAGUCACAGACCAAAGACAGGCUACAUUAGAGUGGUAAUGUAUGAAGGAAAGAAGAUCAUGGCUGAUUCAGGCCCAAUCUAUGACAAAACCUAUGCUGGUGGUCGGCUAGGAUUAUUUGUCUUCUCUCAAGAAAUGGUGUUCUUCUCAGAUCUUAAAUAUGAAUGUAGAGAUCCCUGAUUGUAAGGCAAUUGAUGCCGAGAGUAUUUUUGAAAAGCUGGUAUUGCACCUUCCAAUAUGUUUAGUUUCUACAAACCCUGGGACAAUUUUGUUUGCUCUUUACUUUCUUCUGCCUUCAUAAACUAGAGACUAAAAUACAUAACCUGCCUCCAGAGAAUGCUUUUGAGAGAGAGAGAAAACUGCAAAGAUACACUUCAUUUGUGUCCUUUGUUGGCACAGAAGAAAACAAAUGUCUUUUAUGAAAAAGAGAAUCUUCUUUGUACCUGGAGCAAAUAGUCACUUCUGUAAGAAAGGCAUCUGCAUGGCUGGGCAUUGUCAUUGCCUCUCUUUAACUGGAGGUCCAAUGGAGGAGCACUUUGUAAUGAGAACAUCUGUAUGAUGUGCUGUUUACUACUUAAAAAUGAAAUAAACUUCAACUUGUGGGAGAGGUGGGUAGAAAGAAGGCCAUUGCAAGAUGGAAGUCAAUUGCCUCUCUUUCCCAAAGGAGACUGUGCUUCCCUGGGGUUUACAUCCGGGUAAAUUGGAGGACCUGUUACUUAUCUGACAAACAGCCUUGUUCUGUGCACAUUUGCUGAGAUGCAGAUCCCGCUGAAUUAAGUGAAACUUACUCCCUCGUAAGUGUGCAUAGGACUGACACCCAAAUAUGUUUUGGAAAUGCUUAAUUAUAUAAGAAAAUUAGCUAUCCCAGCUGGCUAGCCCCAUGCAGUGCAAAAUAAGUCUAAAAAAUUCCAUUAUGGGAUAAGAGGUGGAACAACAUUGAUACACCGGAUUGCACCAUCUUGGUGGAAAAUGGGAUUCACAGGAACUAUUGGGGAAAGUAAGUUUACAUGUGCCACUGCAUGACAACCUACGUCCAUAGGUUUGAUACCAGAGGUAGCUAGUGCAGAUGUAGCAAGAACAUUUGAUGUGCCAAAGAGCAUCUUCAUCUCAGCUUAGCACUUAUGUUGGACUUCAAGGAACUAUGUUCUUUAAUUAUGGUUACAAAGGCACAAAAUGACAAACAAUUAAAUACAACAAUGUUUUUUUUCUACAAAAUGCAAUGGGAGUUUGGGGUUUUUAAAAAAUAUUUUUAAAAGCUUUGGUUUAUGUAGGAGAGGGGCUGUAGAUAAAGAAAAUGUAAAAUAUUUAUUUUUAUCUAUCCUAUCUGUUAUGAUUAACUGAAGGACUAUUAAUUAAAACAGAAAACAAUGCGUCAGGACUAUCCACAUAAUCAUUUUGCUACAUGUCUCCAUGACUGUGUAAGAUUGUAAAUACAGGUUAUUUAUUUUUCUAUAGUAGAUCUAGUCAGUAGAGUAUGAAGAUGUUUUAGUUGCAAAGAACAAUUUUCCCAUUAGCAGUGUAGAACACAGAAAAAAGCAAGAUGGGGAUAGGAUUAUAUUUUGUUCUUAAUCUCCUUUUUUCUCCCGUCUUCUGUACAAGACAGCUGGCAAAUGAACACUGGCCACAGUCCACUGUCAAUAUACACUCUUACUUAAUUUUAACAGCAUUUGCACAAGAGAUGUUCUCAGUGGAUUGUUGCUGGUCACCUUUGUAACAAUACUAUAUAGUGCAUUUGCAUUAGUCAGUGUGUCAAAAUCAUUGCUGAAGAAGAGGCUGCAGAUAAAGGAAGAAGUGGCAAAGACAUUGCCAUUAAACUCUUGCACACCUUGAAAUCAGUGGAUGGUCGCAGAAGCAGAAGGGCCUCUCAGAUGGGAUUUUAGGAGCAUUAUUAAAGACUGCUCCUGGUCAAAGGAGCAGCACUAUUAUAUCUUUGAGUUUCAUCUUGCUGCAAAGAAACGAAUGUCAAAGGUGAAAACGUUUAUGUACAAAUAUUACCUCAUUAUUAUUGUAUGACUGAGAAAAGGAAAAAAAACCCUUUGAAUCAGGCACAGUUUAAAUAUCUAACAAAAUUAAAAGCUACUGUAGUAUUAAGGGGUGAGGGAAAGAAUGCAAGCUGUACAUAGUUAAAAUUGUUAUUGCAGAGACUCGUGCUCCCAGUUAAAAUAAGCAUUGAAGCAAUGCUGAGAACAAUUUCUAAUAUUGUGUUAGUUUGUUUUUCUGUCAUCUUGUAUACCAUUCCUUAUAUUUGUAUAAAUUAUUUUUUCAUUACUGUUGAAAUAGUUAAUCUCCUAUUUGUGUAGAUAUGCUAUUUAAAUAAUUUAUCAGGAAAUGCUACCUGUAGAGCUAGUGUUUCUAUUUUUAUAAAACAUUUGCACACUGAACUGAAGAAUUGUUUGCUUCCCAUCCCCAGUGUUGUUGCUGUUAGUAUAUACUUUUUUCUAAAAACGAGCAUAUUUUGUACACAAUUUUAACCAUUUUACAACUUAAAAGCUGUGUAAAAUUGUACAAUAACAUUUCUUACAUACAAGAAACAAUAAAAAAUGAAAAUUUGUAUUUACAAA